AAAAAUACAUAACCUAAAAAAAUGCAUAAAAACUGCAAUAAAACAUAAGAAAAACUAUAAUAACAGUAAUACAAAGAAAUUUCUUUCGUCGUUUUAUUCAUACAAUCAAUUCGUUUUCUCUCUUCGUCAAAAAAUCAAUUAAUUUAAUUUUUCGCCUAAAGAAAAAGAAAUUAAAUUAGAAUUUUAAAGUAUACAUUUUAAAUAAAUUUAAUCAAAUUACAACACAAUUACAAUGGCUGUCAUGAAUCAGAAAAAUGUUGGUAAAUUCAACUUGUUCUCGCACGUCAAAUAUGAACAUUUGGUUGCGGGCGUUUCGGGUGGUGUAACGUCCACUUUGUUGCUGCAUCCGUUGGAUCUCAUCAAAAUUCGUUUUGCUGUAAAUGAUGGGCGUACUGCAGCAGUUCCACAAUACAGAGGCUUGGGUAGUGCUUUUACCACAAUCUUUCGUCAAGAGGGAUUCCGUGGUUUGUACAAAGGUGUUACGCCUAAUGUUUGGGGUUCCGGAAGUGCUUGGGGAUUCUAUUUUUUGUUCUAUAAUAGCAUUAAGACAUACAUUCAAGGAGGCGAUGCAACCACGCCACUUGGUCCUGGUCUUCAUAUGUUAGCAGCAUCAGAAGCUGGUGUCUUGACACUGCUAUUGACAAACCCGAUUUGGGUUGUAAAAACCCGACUCUGUUUGCAAUAUGAAAAUGUAGCAAAUGCACCAAAAUCGGACGUAUACCGUGGUAUGGUUCAUGCUUUGGGACAAAUUUACAAACAGGAAGGUGUUCGUGGAUUGUAUAAGGGCUUCUUCCCAAGUAUGUUGGGUGUUUCACAUGGUGCAUUGCAAUUUAUGACUUAUGAAGAAAUGAAAAAUUCCUAUAAUGAGCACAGAAAAUUGCCAAUUGAUACUAAGUUGGCCACGUCAGAGUAUUUAGCAUUCGCUGCUGUUUCUAAGCUAAUUGCUGCCGCAGCAACAUAUCCGUAUCAAGUGAUACGAGCUCGACUCCAAGAUCAUCAUCACAAUUACAAAGGAACAUGGGAUUGUGUUAAAAUAACAUGGAGAUUUGAAGGAUGCCGUGGAUUUUAUAAAGGUUUAGGACCCAGUCUAACUCGAGUUAUACCAGCAACAAUGAUCACAUUUUUAGUUUAUGAAAAAGUUUCCAGAUUUAUGUUGGAUCAAAGGAAAGUGAGAGAGAAGAAAAAUAGUGCAUAAGGAGACGUUGAACGUCGAUUGAUUUGAUUGUAUUUAUUCUAAGUACAUAUAAAGGUGUAAAACGCCAGUAAUUUUAUUUUAAGUUGUUCAUAUACCUAGAAUGUAUUUAAAUACAAUUUUUGUAUCGCUUAAA